AUGGUUAUAUGGUACACGAUUAUGUUGCAGUUGUGGGAAUUUUACUUGAAGCCAGAGGAAAGAUUUUGUGGUAAAAUCAUAUUCUGGGCUCAUAAUGAUGAUGUUUUAGUAGAUAUUAGAGCAAAAUUGACUGAGAAGCAGCGUGCUUUGUUUGUUGCAACUUGUUUUGGGCAUUUAUUGGAUAUUCAGUCUUAUAAAUUGCAGCAUCAGAUUUUUCACACUGCAUUGAAUAGGGAAGUCCAUCAACCAAAUUCGAAAGAGAUGUGGUUUGAUUUUGGUCAUGAUAGGGUUCGUUUUGGUUUAGGGGAGUUUGCUGUUAUUAGUGGUUUGUUGUGUAAGGGUGAUAUUGAUAUGAUGAAGUAUGUUGGGAAGGGAGAUGUGUUUGUAGACAAGUACUUUAGUGAUAUGACUGUGACUCAUGGAGCCGUUAAGCAGCGUUUUCUGAGUAGUACUUUUAAAGAUGAUGACUUUGCAGUUAGGAUGGCGGUGUUGUAUUUUGUUACUAACUACUUGUUAAGCAAACCUCCAGAUAAACAUGUUAGUAUUGAGUUGUUACAUUUGGUAGGUUCGGGUGAGUUUGAUAGUUUCCCAUGGGGCAAGGUUGUUUAUGAUACUACAUUGUACUAUUUGAGGCUUGGUUUGAAAGGUAAGAAGGGUGCUAAAUUGAAAGCACUUGCUAAGGCAAAAGGAAUUGAUAAGAAGGGAAGUGAUUCAAAUUGUAAAACUUACAAAUUGGCUGGGUUUCCUUUCAUCUUCCAAGUUUGGUUGUAUGAGGUUAUUCCUCUUUUUAGAAGUCAAAACAUUUGUACUUUUGACCCUUCUUCAACAUAUAGGGUGUGUAUGUGGUCCAGUGCGAAAGAAGUUACUUCAAGUGAGGUAGAGAGGAAAAUCUACUUGUCAUCUAAGCUUUCAGUUACUCCUGUGUUUCCUUCUGCUGAGGAGAAUGAGAAAUUUGAUCUUACUGGAUUUAAUUUUUCUUAUUUUUCAUUGUCUGAUGAUGAUUUUGAGAGUGUGAAAGUACCUAAGAGGCAGUUAGACAAAGGUGAGUUUUCAGGUGUUAAGGAAAAAGUUACUGUUGGGGGUCCUAUGUUUGAUGAUGUUAAACAUUAUGUGAUGCGUAUUAUCAAUAAGCAAUCUGAGAUUGGGAGUUCUUUGAAGGAUUUGAGGAAGGAUAUUGAUGAUAAGUUUGUUCAAUUUGAGAGUAAAAUGAAGGCUCACAUUGAUUCUAAAAUUGAUGAGGGUUUGGUUUUGUAUUUGGAUAAGAAGUUUUCAGAUUUAAAUGAUGUAUUGGAGGGCUUGAAAGAUUGUGUUACUAGUCAGGUAAAGUUCAUUUCCUUUAUUAUUAUUUUUUUAUUUUUUAAUUUUUGUGUGUUUUUAUUUUAAUGUUUUGUUAUUUAUUAAUAUUUGUUUUAGAGGUAUGAUGAUCAAAAUGGUGGUGAUGGGAGUGAUGAUAGUGGUGGUGCGGAAGAUGAUGGAAGUGAUGGCGGUGAUGGUGGUGAUGGCGGUGAUGACUAUGAUGGUGGUGAUGGUGGUGAUGACAGUGGUGAUGGUGGUGAUGGGGACGAUGAUAAAUCUGAUUCUGGGAAACUUGAUGAUAUUGAUGUGGAAAAUGAGGUACUGAUAGGUUAUUUUUUGAGUUUUUAUGUUGGUUUUUUAUUUUAUUUUAGUAUAUAAUAUAAUGUUUAGUUUCCAUUCUAAUAAUUUUUCAAUUUUUAUUUUGUUUGUAAUUUGUAUAAUUUUUUUCAUACGUGUUUGUCAUUGUAGGAUGAUGGUGAGGGUAAUGGUGCAGUUGUUGAUGAUUUGGGUGGUGUUAAAGAUGAUGGUGCUGAAGUUUAUAAGGUGUUUUUAUAUAUAUUUUUUUAAAAUGUAUUAUUAUUUGUGUUUUUAGGUUUUAUUAUAUAUUUGUAUCUUUUUGCUGUCUUUUUUCAGGAAAUAAGACAAAUAUCAGAUGUUGUUGUUAAUGAAGUUGUCGAUCAGGCUGGUGAUCAAGGUGCUAAGGAUUGCAUGGAUAAGGUUUUAUUUUUUAUUUAUUUUUGUUUUAUUAUGCUUUUGUAUUUUGUUUUGUUGAUUUAGUAACUAAUAUGUUGCUUUUUCAGGUUGGUAAUGAUCGUCCAAGUUUUGAUAUUAUGGGUUCCUUGUUGGCCCAGUCUGAGAAUGUUGAAGAUUUGUUGGAAGAUAAAAAAAUUGUUGGGGAUGACAAUGUUAUGGAAGCAUCUAAAAGGGAUAGUGAGAGCACUGACGAUGGUAUUACAUCUGCUGAGAUGUUAAUUAUAUCAGAGAAAGUGGAUGCUGUUUGUCAUGAUUAUGAGUUGAAGAAGAGUAUGGUAUGAUUUGUAUAUAUUUAUGUAUGAUUAAUUUUUUAAUUAUUUUUAAUUUAUUUUGACUUUUUGUUUUGGGUUUUCAUAUUAUGGUAGGAAAAAUCCAAAGUUAUUGAUUUGGGUAGUGUUGGUACCCCAAGGGAUUUGCAAGGUGUUAUUAGAAUUGACUCUGGGGAUUCGUCCGGAAAAUCUGUUAAGAUUGGUGAAACAAAGUAUUUGAAAGGUCUACACCCUUUCAAUUCUGAGUUGCUUGAUCCACCGCAUUGUCUUCAACAAGAUUCAUUUGAUGAGUGGUUUCUUGAUGGCUUUAAUGACCAGAAUAAGUAUUGUUUUUUUUUUUUUACAUAAAUUUUUUUGUUUGAUGUUUAUCUGUAUAUGGAUAUUCACUAAUCUGUUACUUUUAAUAGGAAGAAGAAGUUUGUUAGAGGAAAGGACAUGUUGGAUGCACCUUUGGAUUUCUCAAUUGAUUCUGUUAGUGAUAAAUGGUGGUUUUAUGAUCUAUUGACGCCUGGGAGAUGUUUGUCUGACUCUGUGAGUGUUUUUAUAUAUAUUUUUGUAUCUUUUUUUAUUGUUUGUAUGUUUUUUGUUGUUGUCUAUAAUUUAUAUAAUUUUUUUUUCAACAUUUGGAUGUUAUAUUUUACUACUUGAGAAAGAAACUGAAGUAUGAUCCUCGGGUUACUGUUUCUGCAACUACGACAGAUUUUAAUUUUUACAACAAGGUGUUUGAGUUGUAUGAAAACUUUGUGAAGUCUAAGAAAAAUAUUGAUUCUGUGCCUAAGAGUAAGAUGGUAAUUGAGUAUAUGGAGGGGUAUUGUAUGUAUGCUAAUACUCGGUGGUUGUUUGUUGAUUAUGUUUUGAUAUAUGUUCAUGUCAAAGAUGAUCAACAUUGGGUUUUAGUUGUUUUUGAUAUAAAGAAUAGGUGUCUCAAUGUCUAUAAUUCAA